AUGGAAAGGUUGUGGAAUUUGACGAAGAAUAGUGGUUACAAGCUAAUGGACAAGAAGCAGAACAGAGAUAGCAUAGUUUGGUUUCCACCAUUAGCUGGAAACUUAAAGGUUAACUUCGAUGGAGCUAGUCGAGGAAAUCCUAGAAAAUCAGGCUAUGGUGCCAUUAUAAGGGACGAACUAGGCAAUUUUGUUGGGGCAAAUUUUGGCCCAUUAGGAAUCAAUACAAACAAUUUGGCAGAACUUGCAGGGCUAUUAGCUGGGUUGGAAUGGUGUGUGGACCGAGGAUUUCGUGACAUAGAAGUAGAGGGAGACUUGCAAAUUAUUCUGAAUGGGAUAACCAAACAGAAAUUUGAAAAUUGGAAACUGGAGGCGUGUCGUCCCAAAGUCCAAACAUUAUGUGACAGCCUAAACAGGUUCACCUUUAAGCACAUAUACCGAGAGGGCAACUCGGCGGUGGACUGGCUGGCAAAUAGAGGACUCGACUGUGAUGGUCCAAAACAGAUGUCUAAGGUGGAGGAGGUACCGGACGGACUGCUCUCAGUCCUUGCUGCAGAUAAAGAAGGGAUUCCAAGAACUAGAAUCGGUUAA